CUGUGGAAGCGUACACUAACUAACAACAGGACCAUACCCGAUACUGAUGCCGAGGCAAUUCUCCGCUCCAACCCCCUUCCCCCAGACCAUUCCUCAAAUGACACCAAGCCACAUCGAUGCGAAGGCCCAAUCCAGGGCGACAGACUCCUUUCGUCUCAGACAAUUGGCCCAUUAAGACCGCCGGGCCUGGAACUCUGGAACUCACCAUGUGCCGCGGCCUUGAUGGUUUCUGGACUUGCGACCUGCUAGCUCUCCCUGAUCCUUCUCCUCUUCCUCCUCCCUAAUAAUGCCGGGGGCACGGAUGGUUUGACUCCGCUCAUCAUCUCCUCUUCGUAAUAUGGCUAUCCCCAGUUUGCGGAUGAGUACGGCCCGAAUAAGUCUACCUCGACCUUUGUGAUUCUUCUUUCAUCAUCGUUACAUUCGUACAAAAUACAUACUGUAUCUCAAAGACACAUCCUAGCCACUCAAAUUCAACUGUAACAGAUCGACAAGGCAGACAUGGCUACACCAGGUCCCAUUAAACGCGUCGAGCAGGCCGUUACCGGGUUGAUUAAACUCCCCCUCGGCAUUGUCAAGUAUGCCGCGGCCGAGCCUCUAUUCACUGGAUCAUUGCUCUUUGCUCUCACUCGAGCCCCCGAGAAGUAUCGAUUGAAGCUGUUGAGCUUGUUGCAAGAGCGAGGCCUAUCGGCCGCUCGAAUUGCGACCCUCGUCAAAUCUUUGAAAUACUUGCUCGCCAUUGGCGUCGCGAGGAGGGCAAAUCAAGCAUUGAACAACCUUGCGCUCAACCAUUGGCAUCUUCGCAAGCCAGGUGCACCGUUCCAAUUCGGAGCGCGCAAAGAAGAAAUAGUCCUCAUUACCGGCGGUUGCAGUGGCUUUGGUUAUGAGAUGGUCAAGAGUUUCUCCAAGUUUGCCAGAGUGGUCAUCUUCGACGUUCUCCCUGUGCCAGCGGAGCUGGAGAAACUUCCCGGCGUCCACUACUACAAAGUCGACCUGACCGACUUUCCAGCCAUUGAGGCGGCCGCAGAGCAGGUCCGACGAGAACAUGGAGAUCCCAGCGUUCUCAUCAACAACGCCGGCAUUGCCACCAAAGGCACGAUCUUGGAGGCCGAGGCCAAAAGCACCGAAGCUAUUUUCAAGGUCAACAUCGCAUCUCACUUCAUUUUGAUCAAGGAAUUCCUACCCGGCAUGUUGCGCGCCAACAAGGGUCACAUCGUCACCAUUGCCUCGAUGGCCAGUUUCGUCGCCGCCUCAGGCUUGGUUGAUUACUGCUGCACCAAAGUCGCGGCACUAUACCUAAAUGACGGCCUGCGAGCUGAACUCCGAUACCGCUACCCGAACGGAACUUCCAUCCAAACGACAUCGGUCCAUCCAUCAUGGCACAAGACGGGUAUCGUAUCUGGUCUCGAGGAGAAGCUAGAAGCCCACGGCCUCCGUCUCGACCCAGCCAGCAACGUUAGCGACGCUAUCGUCGAUCAAGUCCUAGCUGCCCGUAGUGGUCAGAUCUUCAUGCCCCGCAGCGAAGUCAGCAAGUCUAGGGUUCGGACUUGGCCUUUGUGGUUGCAGGAUGCAGCCACCUACUCUCAGAGAGCCAUGUCUCGCUUCGAGUUUUAAGUUGAGGCUAGAGGGUUGAGAAUUGAGAAUUGAGUCGUGAAACCUCUGUGCUGCAGAUUCAGUGCAGUGCACCGUAUGGAAUCAGUCCUUGAGUAGUUGGAUGAUUUAGGAGACUUGAUGGUUGCAGCUUGCAUUGUAUUAGUUUGCAAGUUUGUUGGCUGUAUGUAGGUUUAGGAACAAAUAUAAGCCUUGUG